CUCGGCACCAUAUAUAUGCCUCACCUACUUACCUACUUACCUACCUACCUACCUACCUCCUACCAAUACAAUACAACAAACUUGCAUGGACACGACCUUUCUUUCUCUGCGUUGCAUUACAUUACGUUACUCAUUCCGGCAUUUCUUUCCAUCUCCGCAUGUGCCAAUUUCUUCAACCUUCUAUAUCUGUAUCUCUUCUCUCCUUUCUUCAUACAUACAUACAUUCACAUUCAGUCUUAAGCAACAUCCAUCGCCACUAGCUUCUACAAGUUCCAGGCUCCAAAGCUCCAAGCUCCUUUUUUACCCCACAGAAACCCCAUGAAACCCCAUGGAAUUUCCAGGGAACCCAACUAGCUAGAUAAACAUGCCAUUACCUUCAUAGGCAUAAGAAUCAUCCCUGCUCCCCCCAAAAGACAAAAAAAAAAAAAAAAAAAAAAAAAAAACACCGCA